UCAUUUUGAUUGCCGCGCGAAUUAAGAAUGCUAUUUAGGCAAUUCUAAAAUAUAUAUUUUACCAGGAUAUUACUCCUGGGUUUCUCUUUAUUUAAUAUAAAGGUAUUAUAAAAUACAUCUAACUAUGUCUAUGGUUUAUAUUAAACUAAGUUGAAGAACACACAGUGCGUCCGAUACACUGUAUUUAUAGCUUUAUACUGAUGUAGCGUGGCGUGCUGUGAUUCGUUGUUUUAGGUGGCAUGAUAUUUGCUGUAGAUUUUUGUGGCAUGAUGUUAUCUCCCUUUGUUUGAAUGUUCACGUUGUAUAUAUAGGUGAAGGUAUUAACUCGCGCAUCGGCUCUCUCGCUCCGCCCACUCAGUGUUCAAUUUGCGACAGGUUUAAACGUGUUCCGCGUGAAAUUGUUUUAAGUGCGCAGUGCGUUUUACUUAUAAUUUCUAAUUAUGUCGUCUAAAAGAACGAAAAAUGAGUCAUUUGAGCCUAACAAGAAAAGAAAAACACUGUCUUUGGAGUGUAAACUGAAUAUAAUUAAAGACUUUGAAGCAAAAAUGAAAAUUUGUGAAUUGGCAAAGAAAUUUGACCUACCGGAAUCAACAGUCCGAACGGUUGUAAAAGGUAAAGAAAAAAUUAUGACCGCUGUGAAAGACUCUCAAUCUUUGAAUUCAAGUAUCAUCCGUAAGCGUCACGGUAUUAUCGCACAGAUGGAAACAUUGCUACAGUCAUGGUGUGAUAAUCAAGUAAGAGUGAAAAAUUGUCCUAGUGAUCAAAAUACAGUGUGCUUUCAAGCAAAGCAGAUUUUUGAAAAACUAAAAGAAGAAGCUGGGGAGGCGGCUGAAAAUGAAGUGUUUAAAGCUAGUAACGGCUGGUUCAGCCGAUUUAAGAGUCGUUGUAAUUGGCAUAGCAUCGCAGAGAGUGGAGAAGCGGCAAGCGCUGAUAAAGAAACUGCAUCUCUCUAUCCAGAAAAACUCAAAACAAUGAUAGAUGAAGGUGGCUACACUAGUCUUUUUUGGAAGAAAAUGCCUAAAAGAACUUUUAUUGCGCGUGAAGAGAAAACUUUUCCAGGUUUUAAAGCCGCCAAGGAUCGAUUAACAGUGAUGGUUGGUGCGAAUGCAGCUGGAGAUUGUAAAUUAAAACCUCUCUUAGUUUAUCGCUCAGAAAAUCCAAGAGCCUUAAAAAAUAAAUCUAAAGCUGGUUUGCCUGUCAUUUGGAAGUCUAAUGCAAAAGCUUGGGUGACAGCUUCUCUUUUUGAAGACUGGUUUGGCCAUCAUUUUAUUCCUGAAGUCGAACGUUACUGCCGAUUAAAAGAAAUCCCAUUUAAAGUGAUGCUACUAAUUGACAAUGCGCCAGGUCAUCCUCCCGCAACUCUAAUUAAUUUCGAUCCACGUGUGGAAGUUGUAUUUUUGCCACCAAACACUACCAGCUUGCUUCAACCAAUGGACCAGGGAGUCAUUAAAACAUUUAAAGCUUACUACACAAGGCGGUCAUUUGCACAUCUACAUGAAGCUAUGAGACAAAAAAAUGAGCUUUCUGUUAAAGACUUUUGGAAGCAAUUCAAUGUUUUAGAUGCUGUAAGAAUUAUUGGACAAUCUUGGAAUGAGGUUUCACAAAAAACUCUCAAUGGUGUCUGGAAAAAACUGUGUCCAUUUUUUUCACCUCUGAAACCCAAGGAGAAACCAUUUCAGAUCCUGAACAAAUCGAUAGCAUAAUAGAAGAAGUGGUCGAUAUCGCCAAGCAAUUAAAUUUAGAGGUCGAUAAUGAUGACGUUCAAGAAUUGCUAGAUUCACACAAUCAAGAGCUAACAAUUGACGAGGUUAUAGAAAUGCGUAAGUAUGAGCAAGAUAUUGACCAAACUGAUUCGCUAGACCCAGUUGAAUCGGUAAAUCAAAUGACAAUUGCAAACUUAACAGAA